AUGGCGGAGGAAGUGGCCAAGCUAGGCGGGAUCUACUCCGUGCUGACCGAAGAAGAGGUGGAGGCAUGGGUGUCGUCGGGAGACCCGAAGCUACCGAGCGAGAGCAUUACGGGGGCGUUUCGACAGGCGGAACGCUUGUUCGCUGAGGAGCAGGACGGGGGGGAGGGCGGCGACAGCCUCGAGAUCAACUACAGGGACAUCGCGAUUCCGAGGCUGUCGGAAAUUCUGUCCGAGCUGGUUUGGCGUGUUGUCGGUGGCGAGCUGAGCGUCGACCUGGCCAUCAGCUACCUUGCCUCUGACAAGCCUUUCGCCAGUCGCCUUCGGGCUAAGGAGGAGGAGAGCGGGGACGGAGAGGGGGAGGAAGGGGAUGCAAAGGAAGGAGUUGGUGAAGAGAAGGAGGGCGGGGAUAAGGCGGGAACCGAGGAUGCGGCGGAACCCUUGCCGCUUCAGGAGGCCCUCUGUGAUACCGUUUGGGGUGUCGAUGUUAUGGUCCGAGGAACUGUGGAGGUUCUUGCCCUCGAGAAGCUGACUCCUGUGCAGGAAGAACAGUGGGGCAGGCUGUGCUCGUUCGUGCAGCGUCUGCACGUCGACGAGCUGGUGCCUCAGAGACUCUUGCUGGUGUUGCUGUCGGACGAAGUGUUGGUAGGCUCCAAGAUGGUAGCACCGAUGACGGCAAAGGGCGGCAAGCAAAACACUCCCCUGGCGCGGGCUAUGCUCAAGAAAGGGACGGAAAUGGUGUACAAGCAACACCGCUUCAACCUGCAGCGAGAGGAGACGGAGGGGUUCGCCAAGCUGCUGGUCCUCCUGGCGGGGGUUCGAGACAGUGGCAACGGGAGGGGCAACGCCGGCGCGGAGUCAGAGGAGAACAUGCGACGACUUAUCGGAUAUUUCGACCUGGAUCCAAACAGGGCUCUUGAUCUGACACUAGAUGCACUGGAGUCGGACCCGGCAAACCGCGGUCUGCUGCGGCUGGUAGGGAGGUUUAACAAGGACAGCGUGCCCCCCGUCCUCGGCUUCAAGCUGGCCCACUACCGGAACCCAUCUGUGGCGAAGUACCACAGGGCCGCCAUGCGGAGCGCAUUCAAGAACAAGGAGAUUGACGCUGCGAGGUACAAGGUUCAGAUCGACAAGGUGACUCCUCGCUCCCUUUACGUGUUAAUCGCGGUGCUGCUUACGACGGGAACACUCAGCAUGGACGAGCUUCUUCGCCACGUGUCCCCUGGGAUCGCCACUCUGGCUGCCAAAGAGAAGGAAUAUCUGGCGGAUCUCGAAACCAAGAUUGCGAAGGCAGGAAACAAGGUGCCCAAGCUUGAUGCAGAUGGAAACAUGGACUCGGCCGCUGCGUCCGCCUCUUCUGACAACGCCAUGAGCAAGUUGGGCAGCAUGGGCCCUUUGGCGAUGGGCGGCGGCGGCGGCUACGGCGGUGGAAUGAUGGGGGGGGGUAUGGGAUCUGGGACCCUCUACGGCGGCAGAGAUCGCGACGGCAGAAACGGAGGUAUGGGUGGUGGGCACGGUGGUUCCAGCGCCAGAGAUCGCGACGGCAGGAGGGACGGCAGGGACAGCAGGGACAAUGGGCGGCGUCAAAGCGGAGACAACAGCGCGGGCGUUAAGGCCAACGGGAACGCGGCGGCGGCGGCGGCGGGUGGUGCAGGGGAUGGAGGGGUUGACGACGACAGCGUUACCCCUGGGUCGGACAACCAGCUUUAUGGGGUCCUGGAAGCUCUACUAGACCUCAGGGCGUGGACAUUGGCUAGCGGGCUGCUGGCUAGUCUGACCAAGCAGGGCAUCGAUCCGUUGAGGGACUACGGGGUGCGGGAAGCACUCAAGAGGCUCGUGAAGGACAGCAUUGACGGCCUGGCAAGCCGCUACCCGAAGCCAGUCGCGCUUUACCCAGCCGGGACAAAAAGGGGCCCUACUAACACCACGACAGCAGCGGCAGGCAUCCCAUCGUCUCCUGUGCCCUCGCUGUCGGCAUCAGCGUCUGGGAUGGCUUCCGACGCAGAGGAAGCGGAGGCCGGCGAGGUUACGCUACCGGUCACGUCGAAGACUGCCGUCUCCCGCAGCACCAUGGCGAACGGUAUGACCCUGCCCCCGACGCUGAAGAGUACGCCGGCGAGUAACCUGAAGGACUUGAAGGACUUGCAGCGGCUGCCGGGGUACGGUACCGGGUUCGUGAAGCCGGAAACCCUUUCGGAGGCGGUGGAAGUGCUGGCACCGCUCUUGAAGAUCGUUGGGCCGUAUCUGGGCCGAGAUCCGACCAUGUUUGCGAGGGUAUGCCGCGUGCUCGCUGCUGUGAGCUCACGGAACCCCCUAAACAUCGUCGUAAAGACCAGCACGAGCAGACGCAGCAGCAGCACGAGCGCGGCUGCCAAGCUCGCUGCCGCCAAAUCUUCCGCUGUUGCCGCCACCACCGCCGCUAGCAGUGGGGGUGGACAAGGCAACAAGGCCAAAGCCAACGGCGGAAGCACCGGCAGCAGCAGCACCACCACCACCACUCACCCUGCGGCGGCGGCGGCGGCGGCUGCCGGUGCUGCUAAAGAUCCGCUGGGCGCGAAGGAUGCCGCUGCGAGAGAUCCGUUGAAGACGUUCCACUCGCUGUUCGGGCUCUCUCCCGCGGAAGCGAGGGAGCUGCACAGACGUGGGGAGGCGGAAGGGGGCGCGGGGGCGGGGGAGGCGGCGCUGAAGAAGGAGUUGGACAGAAGAAAGGUGGCGUACGUGAGGGUGGUGUUGACCGUCGCACCGUCUUUGGGGAUGACUCACGCAAACCCGGGGAUGCAGCAAGAGGUUUGGAACAUGCUGGCCGAGCUUCCUUACUUGGACCGUUUCAUGCUGUACGGAGCCUGGAGGGGGCACGGCAUGGAGAAGUAUGCCCUGGGUGUCAAGCACCCGCAGUACGCCGUUGCAGAGAUUGCGGCGGGGGCGGAGAUCUCGCGGCUGAUCAAGAUGCUCACCUCGGACAACGUUAAGGACAUGGCCCGCAAGCUCGGGAAGUCCUCCCACUCCCACCCACUCCUCUUCGCGGAAAAGGCACUCAACCAGCUCGAGAGCUAUGACAACUUCAUCUCGAUGGUGGCGGACAGCAUGAAGUUUGUCGGGAAGACUUUGGGGCUGGACUGCAUGGCGUACACCAUGGUGCAGCACCUCUGUCAGAGCAAUCGGUCAUUCGUCAGCGACAGUGGCCUGGACUUGGAGAGGUGGGUUACCAACCUGUCGACGUUUGCCGGGCUGCUCCACCGCAAGAACCCGGACGCGGACAGCAAGCCUCUCCUGUCGUGGGCAGUGAGAUCCCUUGGGGAGGGGGGAGAGCCGGCUAUGGCCGCGGGCAAGGUCCUCCGCGAGGUGUUGCACAAGGCCGGAGGCGUGCAGGUGUUGGACGGCUGGAGUAUCACGCAGGCUCAGGUGGACGGGAAGGGCGGCGGCGACGUCUUGAGGCAGGAAAACGCUUCGUUCGGUUCUACGGUCAAGCCCAUCAAGAGGGCCAAGGUCAUCCUCCAGGAGGCGACAGAGAAGGCGGGAGCGUCGCUGCCGUUGCUGGUGCUCCCGGCCCUCCAGGCUGGCUCUCUGCUGUACGAAGGCGGAUCUCUCGACGACCAGAUGAGGGGCAAACCGCAGCCUCACCUCAAGGUGCUGGGUCAUCGUGCUGAUGAGACUCACACGACGCUGCUGCAGGCCAUGGAGUUCGUGUGUUCAAAGGCGUGGAUAAAAUCGAAGUGUCCCGCCAUAAAAACUCUGCUGACGACGUACGGGCUGGAGCCGAGGGUGGUAUUCCACAUCUGGCGUCCUGUGAUCAACGAGAACCUGAUAAAGUGUUGGUUCCCCAAGGCUGGCACCAAGACGGAGAGAGAGCAGCGGGAUGAGGCGAUAGCGAAGAGGUUCAUUGGGGAGCUGGAGGCAUCCAUCACGGAGCUAUCGAUUGUCCCGGAGUGUAGUCCUCUGACGUCUAAGCUUAUCCUCAUCUUCUGGGCACUCUCACUGCCCGACGUGUACAUCCCCACGAAGAAGUACGCCCAGGUGGUGACGAACAUGAACGAGGCCAAGCGUAGGGCGGACAGCAAGCUUCAGCAGGCGGAGGAGGAGGGCGUAACGAUGAGCAAGGCCGAGAGGUCUCGCUACAUGCUGGACAGGAAGACGAGUCCCGCGGUGGCGGCAAAGCUAGAGACGGAGAAGGGUUCUCAAAGCGCGCACGUGAAGCGAGUUAAGAACAAGCUCAGGGAGAUCAAGGCCAGCCUCUUCGCCGCUAAGGAUAAGCACGAGACGGGCGCAGAGACGAUCGAUGCGGUGCUCAAGCACUUGGUGGCGCCGCGGAUGGGAAUGGGACCAGAGGAGGCGUACUUCUGCUCCAAGUUCUUCAACACCCUUCAUGCCAUCGAGGCCCCAAACUUCAACAGUCUGGUCUUCUACUCCCGGUCGUUCGAGGGGCUGUCGAGCACCCUGCUGUGCAAGACGCAGUACGAGGCGGCAGGGCUAGGCUUCUUCCUCAAGGACCUCUUGGAGAACGUCAAGGAAUGGCGGAAAACCAAGAACGAAGCGAUCUACAAGAUGGAGGCUGGCACGAAACACGGCUUUAACCUCGGCGACGCGUCCCAGAGCGUUGUCGAGGGCAAGGCCCCUCAGGUCAAUCAUGCCGCUUUCGUCAAGAUCUCUGGAGAAUGGAGUAUGCAGGUGACGAAGGCGGUAAUGGCGGCAGUGGCUAGCGACGAGUUUUUGCUCAUCAAGUGCGGGCUCAUCAUGUACAACAAGCUCAUCGAGACCUUCCCGGUGUCCCUGAAGGAGCGGAAGUUGCUGCGCCUCAAGCUCCAGCCCAAGACAGACAAGGCCAUCGAGCCUCGGGAUGACAUUCGCGUUCCCUGUACCAGAAUAGUCAACCAGCUCAACAAACAGAUUUCGGAGUCUCCUCCAGACCCUGUCGCUCCCGGCCAGCGACCUGCUACUGCUUCCGCUAAAACCACGUCGGCUGGCGGAAGCGGUGCAACGUCUGGAAAAAUCGCUCCUGUCAGCACCACCACUACCUCCGGCAAAUCAACAGCAGGCGGCGGCAGCCAGACCAGCCGGGGGAAGAGCACUACAGCCCCGGGAUCAGCAGCAGCCGUCGGCAAGGCGUCCGCUCUUUCCGCGACCGCUAAGCCCUACGUCCCAGCUCCCGCCGCAUCCGGCCGCGGCGGGUCUUCUUCCGCUUCCUCGGCAGCAACCAAGCAGUCGGGCAGUCAGGCUGCACCGGGGGUGGCGAAGAGGGCGCGGGAAGGUGGAGAGUCGGCCAGGCUGAAGCCGGCUAAGACGGCUAGGGUGGCCGUUGCCGUUGCCGUUGCCGUAGGCGAGCAAGAGCUGGGAGAGAUCGUGUCUGAGAAGAAGGCGCCGGCUGCCUCUUCGGCGGGAGGGGGGCAGGGAAAACACGCGCUGGCAACGCCUAGAGAUUCGAAACCCCUUCGAAAGCCGGCAACAGCCUCCUCCUCUAACAACUCCUCCUCCGAAGCCGCUUCGAAAACGGGGGGCAACUCAAAGCCUUCGACGACUUCGUCCACCUCCAAACCUUCAUCGGCAGCCUCGGGGGCCCCGGCGGCGGCAACGGGGGCUUCGUCCAGGCAGUCGUCUGCCAGCGCUCGGGCCACCGGUGGCCGUGAGCCUAGCGGCAGCAAGGUGGACCCCAAAGUCGCGUCUACUUCGGGGUCUGGCACCACCACCGGCUCUUCACGUGGCGGGCGUGUUGUCAGGGCUUCCAGCUCUACCGGUGAUGGCGGUGGUGGCGGCAGCAGCAGCAACGGCGUUGAUAGCAAGGAUACGGGGAGGAGGUCUAGGGGACAGGGCGAGGGGGACAGGGAGAGGCGGGACAAGUCAGGGAGGACGAGCGAUGCCGACUCUCGCGCCAAGGCCUUGGCUUCCCAGGACAUGGACAUGGAAGGUCCGGUAGCCCCACGCGAUUCCGGCAGUGGCAGUGGCACUCUCUCCGUCCGUCGCAACCGUGACUCUCGAGGAGGGGGAGGUGGGGGAGGAGGGGGUGCCGCCGUCGGCAGUAUGUCGCGAACCAAUAGCAACAGCCGCUUGGCCAACGGCCGCGGCAGCGGCGGGGCUCAACAGAGCGAGCACGAUCGCCCCGGCGGGCGGGAAACAACAAGUCGUCACGGUGGCCAUGCCCGACGGGUGGACGAAGACGCCCGAGAUGCUCCCAGUGGCGGUGGCGGUGGCGAUGCCGGGGGGGUGCGAUUCGAAGGCCCCGCGCGUGCGGGGGGGGGGCAACGGACGACGGCCGAAUCUAGCCGCAGCGGUGGUGGUGCCGGCUCCCGCGGAAGCAAGAGGGGACGCAGCGCCGAGCCUGAGCGAAGCGGCGGCAGAGACGGCGGCGGGUACGACGGUCCGGGCAGCGCCGAGGGGGACCCUAGCCAGGCCUUCGACAGCAAGCGCAUGCGGCAGCCGGACCAGGCGAUGAUGCCGCAUCCGGAGGGCGGCGGCGGGAGAAGGGGCUCCGCGAAAUCUUCGGCGGAUCGCUGGGGUAGGGGGUAUGGCGGCGGCGGCGGCGGCAGCGGCGGUGGAACAUGGGAGCGGGAGGGGCCCGCCGCACCCAAUGAUGCCAACAGCAGCAGCGGGCGCUAUCACGAUGACGUUAGGCAUGGAGGGGGCGGCGGCGGCGGCGGCGGAAGGAUGCAGAUGCCGUCUCACGAGGUGCCGGACAGGCCGGCAGCGUACGAAGCCCGCGGUAGGGGGAGGGGUGGGCGUUCGGGGGCGGUGAUGGACGUUGGCCAGGACAGGGGCGGCGGCGGCGGUGGUGGCCGUGGUGGCGGUGGUGGUCACCGUGAUGCGCGCGGCGGCGGUGGCGGCAGGGAACACCCGUCCGAUGAGGACAUUCGUUCUCGGUCCUCGCGCGACAGCAAGAACAGCAAGAAGUCGAGAGGCGACAGGCAGCGCGACGGCAGCAACCGGGACGGUGACGGCGGCGGCGGGAGCGGGAGCGGCAGGAAGGAAAAGAAGAAGACCAGCAAGAGCAAAAAGAGGAAGCACUGA